AUGAGGGUGCCGGAGUUCCAGCGAUUAUCCGAGCUUCGGCAUAAGGGUUGGAAAAAUCCGGCGGGUGAUCAGUUCUUCGAAAAGGAGCUUCAAAUAGCAGAUAACGCUGACAAGGAAGCAGCCAAGAAUUUCUUCAAAAUGAUAAAAGGAAUAGGACACGACAUGCACCGGCUUACGGAUGUUUUCCGAAUCCAUAACCCUGUUCUGGACAAACAACGUAUCCUUGACAUGCGUAUGGCACCGGGAGGCUGUCUUGGGAUAGCAUUGCAGGUUAAUCCCAAAACACGAGCUAUAGGAUUCGGCUUGCCAAAGUGUGAAGGAGGUCACAAUGUCCUUCUACUCAAGCAUCCCACUAUUUCGGCGAAGUUCAUUGACAUCACCCUGUUGGCUGCGGAUAUGGGCUGGUUGGACAUCCCGAACGAUCAGUCCAGAUGCGGGGAAAUUCUUGCUCCGUCAAUUCGACCGGGACAGGCAUUGGAUCUAAUCAUAUGUGACGGUAAGCAUCGAGAAGCCAGCAGGCUGACCCUGACACAUCUGGCACUUGGACUGGGGCAUACCAAGCUGGGGGGAACCAUUGUUAUUCUUCUUCACAAGGUCAAAUCCUCACAUACCCUACAAUUACUGCAUGCAAUCAGUACUUUUUCUUCAGUGCGACUGUACAAGCAUCCAAGGUUCCAUGCCAAGCGAUCUUUAUUCUACAUGCUUGCAACAAUCAUCUGGCAUUAUUGUUCGGAGGCAGCCGUGGCAAUUCAAGGGUGGAGGAGGAUGUGGGAGAUUGCAAUGCUCGGAACGGACGAUACGUUCAGUCAAGCGAUUCAAGGUAACGUUCGGGACAUUGAUGUCAUUUUGAAGAACUUUGACCCCAGAUUAGCAGUCCUAGGUAAGCAUAUCUGGGGUGUCCAGGCAGAUGCGCUGUACAGUCUAUCUCCUUGA